ACGUUUCGUAUGAGGGAGCAACAGGCGAGUAAAUAGAGUAAAUAGUGGCACAAAUUGGGAGUGGGGAGUGCAGCAGGAACUUGUAAUCAGCCAGUAUCACCAUGAGCUGCUUCAGCGCUAUGAACGCCCCACUGCUGGGCGAAAUGGAGCAGACUAUCGGCAUGCUGGAGAGGGGCACCAUUGUCACCAAGCUGUACGGGAAGCAGCGGCGGCCGGACCGCCGCCACCUGAUGCUCAUCCGCGAGACGCGCCAGCUGCUGUGGGCAACGGUGGCCGCCCAGACGCCUCGUACGGACUACGAGGGUGCCAUCCAGCUGCGCGAGAUCAAGGAGAUCCGUGUGGGCAAGCACUCCAAGGAGUUUCGCCUCUUCGCCGACGACUGCCAGCGUUUUGAGAGCAGCAAGUGCUUCGUCAUUCUGUAUGGCAGCCACUUCAAGCUAAAGAGCUUCUCGGUGGUGGCCCUCUCGGAGAUCGAGGCGGACAACUGGGUUCGUGGACUACGUUAUAUGGUCAGGGACACGCUCGGCGCGCCCUAUCCGCUACAGAUCGAUCGGUGGCUGCGACGGGAGUACUACCAAAUGGAGAAUGUUAACUCGCACUCGACCAAGGCUUCGGAGGCUUCGCCGGCUCAGGUGACCAUCAAAGACUUCAAGCUCUUCCUUGCCGGCGUAAGCUGUAAGAUGACCACCAGCAAGUUCAUGGAGUGCUUCACCGAGGACGUUCGGCGCAAGCAUGACCUCAAGUUUGAUGAUUUCUCGCGGCUCUACCAGAAGCUAUUGCUACCCACCAGCUUUCCCAGCGUUAUGUGCAACACUGUAGGAGGAGGAGCACUUGCAGGAGCUGCAACUUCAUUUCCUUACUCCGAGGAUCAGCAGACGGUGAGGCCAGCGGAAUUGAAGCGUUUUUUGGAGACGGAACAGCGUGACAUUAGUGCCAGCGAGCUUAGUUCCACCGCCAUAGCCACCUUCAUACGGGAUUUCGUGCAGGAUGUGGAACGGGAUGUGCAAGAACCAUAUCUGUCGAUCUCCGAGUUCAUGGACUUUCUAUUUUCCAAGCAGAACGACCUGUGGAACAGCAAAUACGACUCGGUGUUCAUGGAUAUGAACCAACCGCUCUCCUCAUACUGGAUUGCCUCUUCGCACAACACCUACCUGACCGGGGAUCAGUUCUCCAGCGAGUCCUCCUGCGAGGCUUAUGCUCGAGCCCUGCGCAUGGGCUGUCGCUGCAUCGAGCUGGACUGCUGGAAUGGACCGGAUAAUCUUCCUUACAUCUUUCACGGCCACACAAUGACCUCAAAGAUUAAGUUCAUGGAUGUGAUCAAGACGAUUAAGGAUCAUGCGUUCAUCACCUCCGAAUAUCCGGUGAUCUUGUCAAUCGAACAGAAUUGCUCAUUGGAGCAGCAGCGUAACAUGGCACAGGCCUUGAUCGAGGUCUUUGGGGACAUGCUGCUCACACAGCCCUGCGAUCGCAAUGAGCAGCACUUGCCCUCGCCCUACCAGCUGCGUCGCAAGAUCAUUCUCAAGCACAAGAAGUUGCCACAGUUUGACGAAAUAGGCAAUGGUGGCUCCCUGACCCAUAGAUCCUCAUUGGGUGGCGCCGGAGGAGGAGGCGCAGGCGGUGGUCCCGGUGAAGCCGAUGGCGAGAACAUGCGUAAAGUGGUCAAAGAUGGCCUGCUGUACUUCAAGGAUCCGGUGGAUAAGUCAUGGAAUCUUUAUCAAUUUGUACUGACCCAGCAGGAGCUGAUAUACUCCUCGGAGAUCAACGAAUCGCGCAAUGGAAACUCAGAGGAUGAUGACUUUGGCCUGUCGUCGUCCUGCUCGCUGAACAACAACAUGCAGCAAAAGCAAAAGGACACCUCGGCUAACGAUGAGCUGCACUUUGGCGAGAAUUGGUUUCAUGGCAAACUGGAAGGUGGCCGUAAAGAGGCAGAUGAUCUGCUAAAGAAAUACAACCAUCUUGGCGACGGCACAUUCCUAGUUCGCGAAUCAGCCACCUUUGUGGGUGACUACAGUCUGUCAUUUUGGCGGCGCAAUCGACCCAACCACUGUCGCAUCAAGCUGAAGCAUGAGAAUGGUUCCAUCAAGUAUUAUUUGGUGGAGAAUUUCGUCUUCGAUUCGCUGUACUCACUGAUCGUCUAUUAUCGGAAUAAUAUGCUCCGUAGCUCGGAAUUUUCCAUUAUACUGAAGGAACCAGUGCCGCAGCCAAAGAAGCACGAGGAUCAGGAGUGGUUCCAUCCAAACACUACCAAGGAACAGGCCGAGCAGGGUCUGUUCAAGCUGGAUAUCGGUUCGUUUCUCGUCCGACCCUCGGUGCAGAGCGUAAAUGCGUUCGUCAUCUCGUUCACCAUCAACCGGAAGAUCAAGCACUGCCGGAUCAUGCAGGAGGGGCGCCUGUAUGGCAUCGACACAAUGAACUUCGAGUCCCUCGUCUCCCUCAUACACUAUUAUACACGAAAUCCGCUGUACCGCAAUGUCAAGCUCUGUCAUCCGGUGUCCCAGGAGCUGUUGCGUCAAGCCCUGGCCGAAGUCAACGAUCAGGGCGAUCACAGGAGUCAUGACGGCGGCAACGGGGCUGCCUCUAACUAUAUGGGUUCCAAUCUGGAGGAGUAUGUCACCUGCAAGGCCCUGUAUAGCUACAAGGCGAAUAAGCCGGACGAGCUGUCGUUCCCUAAGCAUGCCAUCAUUACGAAUGUGCAGAGGGACAAUUCGAUGUGGUGGAUCGGAGACUAUGGCGGCAUGAUCAAGAAGCAUCUGCCGGCCAACUAUGUCAAGGUUAUUGACUCUGCCACGGAAGACUACAACUCGAUCAACGAGGAUGGCACCGAUGGACGCACCGAAUCUAUUGAAAUAUUCGGUGCUGUCGCCUCACUCUUCGAGUCCAACGAGCCCGGCAUCAUCUUCAAGCUUCAAAUCCAAACGCCAACCAUGCAGAAUCCGUUUGUGAUUGGUUUUGAUAACCAGGAGACGGCCUACGAGUGGAUAAAGGCCAUCCAGGAUGCGGCACUGUUCGCCAGCCAGCUGGCAACGGAACGACGCAAAAAGGAGCGCACAGCCCGAGUGGCCAAGGAGAUGUCCGACUUAAUUAUCUAUUUUCGUAGUGUACCGUUUCGGGAGCACUCGUGGAUAUUCCAGGAGAUGUCUAGCUUUCCGGAAACGAAGGCGGAAAAGCAAUUCUUCCAGCAGAACACACAGCUCUUCCUCUCGUACCAUCGCAACCAGAUCAGCCGUGUGUACCCUAAGGGCCAGAGACUGGACUCCUCCAACUUUAAUCCAAUGCCGUUCUGGAAUAUCGGUUCGCAGAUGAUAGCGCUCAACUAUCAGACGGGCGACAGAGCCAUGCAGCUGAACCAGGCCAAGUUCAGGAACAACGGACAGUGCGGCUAUAUCCUAAAGCCGGCAUUUAUGAAGACUGAUAGCUUUAAUCCGAACGAUCCACUGUCCGAUGGCCUCAGCGAGGUGAAGGUCAGCAUUCGUCUGAUUGCCGCCCGGCAUCUGUUUCGGGGCGGCAAGUCAAACAAUCCGCAGAUUGUUGUGGAAAUUGUUGGCGCCAGCUUCGACACGGGCAUCAAGUAUCGCACAAAGGUCAACGAGAAUGGCUUCAAUCCGGUGUGGAACGAGAUGUGCGAGUUCACCGUUCGCAAUCCACAAUUCGCCAUCCUUCGGUUUGAGGUCCAGGACGAGGAUAUGUUCGCUGAAACGCACUUUAUUGCCCAGGCGUGCUAUCCACUGACCUGUGUCCGACCGGGUUACCGCAGCGUUAUUCUGCGCAACAAGUUCAGUGAGGAAUUGGAGCUGUCGUCCCUGCUGGUCAACGUGAAGAUUGCGAGUGUCCCAUCCCCAUAGGGUUUUCCAAGCAUGUUGUUUUCCUUGUUGUUCUAUGUGUGUGAGUGUAUAUUGUAACAUUUCCUUUCAAGAGGAGAAAGUGCGUACAUCAUAUGUAUUUUUACUAUGUAUGUUACUACGUUGAGACGUUAGUGCAUUUACGAAAACGCAAACGCUGUACAAAUUCAAUGUACAUCAAAUCCUCAAUGUAUGUAGUAUGCAUGUACAUAUCGUUUUUAUAAACUCCAUACAUACAUAUGUUCCACUAGCACCUUUUCAUUAAAAAAAAAAACUGAGCUUCCCAUUUACAGUGGCUCCAAUGCUUAUUUGGACACAUAUCCUAUUAACAUACAUGUUCUCUAAAACUAUUUUCAAAUUAAACAGUUCUUUUCGUUCUUAUUAAAAUGUGAAUUGUAUUUUAAAUUAGGCUCAUAGGAAUCUAUUUUUUAGAAUGUUUUUAAUGUAUACCUUGAAUAAAAGCAGACAAAAAAUUAAAAACAACUUAAAUUUUAAAAUAGUUCCAAAACUCUGCAUCUGAUAAAGCGAUAAUGCCACCUUAUAUUCUUAUUUGAAAUGUGUUGUUUGAAGUAUUAACUACAAAGCCCUUAUUACUAAUGGAAUGGUUGUGUUGCAAUAUCCGGAAAUGUAAAAUAUGCUACUAUAUAAUAAUGAAUUCCCAGUAAAAUAAGUAUAAUGAUAAAAUAUUGGAAAGAUUGUAGCAAAAAAGAUAAACAGAUGUGCCUUUGGUUGUUUUAAAGAAACGCUACUCGCAUUCCAUUUCCAUGUUAUUUUCCAUAUCAUUUUCAUGCAUUUAAAAAUAAAGGAGCUCCAAUAGUCUACAUAUAUAUAUAUAUUGGUCCUUUCCUUGCUUCUUUGAUUCUUUUAGUAUAUCUAACAGAUUGUGUCAAUCGUUGUUCUUAAAAAUGCAUAUCUUUUACACAUUAUUUAUACUUACAUAUACAUAUAUAUACAUGUUUGUUUAAUGCCAAAUAAAGAUUUAACGGCGUUAGCUGUCGAUAUAUAUAUAUAUAUAUAGUUGUUUUUUAAUCAAUCGGGAUUUUUGCUCGGUCUGUUAGUAACUUUAUAAGAAUGAUUUCGAGCAACUCUUGGAGUAACGCAAGUAAACAAAAAAUCAUAUUCAAUUUGAGUUGCUUUAAUACUUAUCAUAAAGUAUAUAGAUCUUGCAAAAGUUGUUUAUAAACUCCAAUCGUUUCGAUCGUAACCAAGGAUGAC